UUUCAUUUUCCUUAAUGGAACUUUUUGGUUAUGCAUGGCAUGGAAGUCAAACUAACUCACUGGUAGUUGUAGCCUCUGGUUGAGUUCCUUGGUGGGAGGCCCACUUUUCUAAGAGCACAAACACAACUUCACUUCCCUUUUCCAAUUUUAUAAUUUACUAAUCAUUACCAUUCCACCGCUAAAAAUCUGGAACUUGCUUUUUACCCGUAUGAUAUGAUACGAGGAGACCAAUUUCGUGAUUCUUCUCCUCUCCUCAUCAUCCACCACUGACCCACUCACCCUUUUUGCAAAAUAGUGGUUGUGUUAUGUUAUCCAUAUUCCAUACCCAUGAAGUGAAACACAAAAGAAACAACUUUUAGCCUUACCCAUCCUUUUUUUCCUACAGUUUAUGCUGAUUUUCCAUGAAACAACUCCAACCCCGUCCCUCUAAACAAAAACCGAACCUUCUCAACGGAAUUAAUUGUUCAGGAAAUUAUUGGCACAAACACAAACCAUUCUCCUCUGCCGUUUGUUUUUUAAAUUUAUUUUAUUUUUAUAAUUUAGGAUGAUAAAUCUUUUCCAGUGUCUAUGCUUUAUUUUGUCUUUUACCAAAUUUUGAGUUUUUUCUGGUUUCCUCGUGCUACCCAUGGUCUGCUAGCGACUUGGUUCAACACCUGUAGAUUCCCUGUUUGCAGUUGAUUUUCCACACCCUUUUUUUCUUCACGUCUCUGUUCUUUUGGUUUGGUGGGGACACCAGAAAAAGAAAAAUAGUACCAAAUUACCAAUGAAUUUCCAAUUUCUGAACCAAAUUUUCUCUAUCAUUGUAUAUACUGAAGUUGACUCAUUGGUUGAAUCCACACCUUAAGCAAUUUGGGUGAAGUGGUUGAAAAGUAGCUGAGUUAGUGAGUGAUGGCGGGAGGACAACUAGGAGUGCUUAAUGCACUCGAUGUGGCAAAGACACAAUGGUACCACUUCACAGCUAUUGUGAUUGCUGGAAUGGGAUUCUUCACCGAUGCCUAUGAUCUUUUCUGCAUUUCCCUUGUGACCAAGUUGUUGGGGAGGUUAUAUUACACAGACAUAAGGAACCCGAAGCCUGGUGUUCUUCCUCCUAAUGUUCAAGCUGCUGUGACUGGUGUUGCACUAUGUGGCACUUUAGCCGGCCAACUUUUCUUUGGAUGGCUUGGUGACAAGUUGGGAAGGAAAAGGGUUUAUGGCUUAACUCUUAUGCUUAUGGUUCUGUGUUCCAUUGCCUCGGGACUCUCUUUUGGCGACACCCCUAAGGGUGUCAUGGCCACACUUUGUUUCUUCAGAUUCUGGCUUGGCUUUGGGAUUGGUGGUGACUACCCUCUAUCAGCUACAAUUAUGUCUGAAUAUGCCAACAAAAAGACUAGAGGGUCAUUCAUUGCUGCGGUGUUUGCAAUGCAGGGUUUUGGAAUCAUGGCUGGUGGAAUAGUUGCCUUGAUUGUGUCAUCUGCAUAUGACCACAAGUACGAUCUUCCUAGUUACAAGGACAAUCCAGCUGGAUCGAAAGUGGAUUCGCUUGAUUACGUUUGGCGUAUCAUCUUGAUGUUUGGUGCAGUCCCGGCUGCUCUUACCUACUAUUGGCGAAUGAAAAUGCCAGAGACGGCUCGCUACACGGCCCUUGUAGCCAAGAAUGCAAAACAAGCUGCUUCAGACAUGUCUAAGGUGUUGCAAGUUGAGGUUGAAGCUGAAGAGGACAAGUUGCAGCACAUGGUUGAGAGUGAAAACCAAAAGUAUGGCUUGUUCAGCAAGGAAUUCGCCAAACGCCACGGGCUGCACUUGGUUGGAACCACGGUAACUUGGUUCUUGUUGGACAUUGCCUUCUACAGCCAGAACCUUUUCCAAAAGGACAUUUUCACUGCCAUUGGAUGGAUUCCUCCUGCACAAGACAUGAAUGCAAUCCAUGAAGUUUAUAGGAUUGCAAGAGCACAGACACUGAUAGCAUUGUGCAGCACCGUGCCAGGGUACUGGUUUACGGUGGCCUUUAUCGAUAUCAUUGGACGUUUCGCCAUCCAAUUGAUGGGUUUCUUCUUCAUGACAGUCUUCAUGUUUGCUCUUGCUAUACCUUACAAUCACUGGAAGAAUCACAACAAUAUUGGGUUUGUUGUGAUGUAUUCUUUCACCUUUUUCUUCUCCAAUUUUGGUCCAAAUGCCACCACAUUUGUUGUGCCGGCAGAGAUUUUCCCAGCAAGGCUGAGAUCUACUUGUCAUGGAAUCUCAGCUGCGGCAGGAAAGGCAGGAGCAAUUGUUGGUGCAUUUGGAUUCUUGUAUGCUGCACAAAGUACGAACCCCAACAAGGUUGAUCAUGGUUACCCAACUGGUAUUGGGGUUAAGAACUCCCUCAUUGUGCUUGGUGUGAUCAACUUCUUUGGAAUGGUAUUCACCUUGUUAGUACCAGAAUCAAAGGGAAAAUCACUGGAAGAGUUGAGUGGGGAGAAUGAAGAUGAUGGUGCUGAGGCUAUAGAGAUGGCAGGGUCUGCUAGGACGGUUCCAGUUUAACCAAAGUCUCUGAUCAACAAAGUACUUAGUUCAUAAUUCUAGUGAUGCUAUUAUUGUGUGACAAUUUUACUUCGGGUUUUCUACAGCUAGAUGCUCAAUAAUGAUGUAGAUAUAUGUUUCUCGGUGCUGUCUGUAACUUUAAAUCAAUUACAAAGUGCGUGUAUUUCAUUCUUGUUUUUAAUUAGAAGUGUUGUCUAAAUCAUACGUGUAUUUAUAUGUAGCUAAAAGGUAUUAGAGAAAAGUUUUGUCUCGAGUUCCUUUGUUUUAUAGGUGUCCUCUGUCUAUGCAUAGUUCUUCACGUUAUGGUAUGGUAUCAUAUGUAUGCAUACUUCAACCGAGGGACAAAUUCUACAAUCUUAAUGCAAUUAUAAAACAAUUUUAUUUUCA